AUGAAUAAAGCCAAAAGGAGAGACUGGGACACCAAAACUUCUUUGCAACUAAUUGAUGAGUUUAGGCUACAAGAAGUACUUUGGAAUCCAACAAAUCAGUAUUAUUUUUCUAAAAAUAAAAAACAUGAUGCGUGGUGUCACCUAGCAAAACAAUUUGAUACUGAUAUAGAAGAAGUGAAACUAAAAAUUCAAAGCAUUCAGGGGUCGUAUCGUCGGGAAAAAGCCAAAGUGAAAAAAAGCCUUGGAACUGGAAAAGGAGCUAAUGAAAUAUUCCGUUCAAGUUGGUAUGGUUAUGAUGCAAUGAGUUUUUUAAAAGAGAGAGAUGAUCCAAGGCCGACAAUUAAUUCAGAAAAUCUACAAAAUGAAGUUGAAGAAGCUUCUUCUGACUAUAGCUACAGUUAUUAUAAUGAUAACCUUUCGUUGGACAUUUCGGAAAUACAAGGGCCAUCAACACAGCAAUUGUCGCCAGCGCAAAAUGAAAUAGUGCCACCACCCAGCAGGAAAGAUAGUGUUGAUGAAAUUAUUAGUCCUGGGAAUCCAAAUCAACCACGAAAAAAGAAUAAGAAAAACUCAACCAAUACAAUUGAUCAUAAAAUUGAUGAAGCGUUCAACAUUCUGAAGAGGUCUGCGUCAAGCUUUGAGUCAAAUUCAUCCGAUGAAUGUACAACAUAUGGUGCCCAUGUAGCAAACAAAAUAAGAUCUUAUCCACCACACACUCGAUCGAUCGUCCAACACUAUAUUAAUAACAUACUUUUUGACGCGGACAUGGGAAGAUAUGAUUACUAUUCUGCAAACCCACAUAUUCUUUUUCAAAAUCCAGUACCACAAACAAAUCUAAGUUCCUAUAACUUGAAUACUCAUAUAGACCCUUCAAACCACUCUUCAUCAAAUUCGGUUGGUACACCAACGGAGUUUUUAUCUGAGUCUACGUCAUCUGUAUUAGAUCUAGGUAGUCAUCUGACAUAG